CCGCCAGUCGUCAGUUGCCCACGACGCGUCACUCGCAACGGUAGCAGGCGAGCCAUCUCCCGGCAGCAGCCGCCGCCUCCUCGUCUCCUCGGAUUCCUCGGAGUCCCAGAACCCAGAGCAAUCCCCGCCAGCCUGCGCGCAAGCGUCGCCGUUUCAACUGCAAUCGAGUGAAUUUAUUUAUUUUUUUUGGUGACCCAACGGACAUGUCUGGUGGAGGCAAGUGAUCGGCCGGCUUCCCGGUUUCCGGUUCCCGGGAUGUUCAACUACGAGGAUGGGGACGCCGACCAGGCCACGGCGUCGGUGUCCGCGUCUGCGUAUCGGGCCCUACUCGACUACUAUGCCAAUGCGCCCAGUGCGGCGGGUCACAUAGUAUCCCUCACCGUGGGUCAGUACAAUGACACGGGAUCCGGCUCCGACUACGGCUCCUCCCUGGCGGGCAAUGGCAGCACCACCACCGCCGACUACUUUGCCACCCAGCGGCUGGACAUCGACCUGGUCACCGAGCUGGCCGUCUCCCUGGGCACCAGUUCCGUCGCUCCAGGUGCGGUUCCAGGUCCCGCAUCCACUACAAGUCCCAGUGCGGGGAGUAGCACCACUGGCAUGCCCGUCUGGCUAAUACCCAGCUACAGUGUGAUCCUGCUCUGCGCGGUGCUGGGCAACCUGCUGGUCAUCUCGACGCUGGUGCAGAACCGCCGGAUGCGCACCAUCACCAACGUUUUCCUGCUCAACCUGGCCAUCUCGGACAUGCUGCUGGGCGUGCUCUGCAUGCCCGUCACCCUGGUGGGCACCCUGCUGCGGAACUUCAUCUUCGGCGAGUUCCUCUGCAAGCUGUUCCAGUUCUCGCAAGCCGCCUCCGUGGCCGUCUCCUCCUGGACCUUGGUGGCCAUAUCCUGCGAGCGCUACUACGCCAUUUGCCAUCCGCUUCGCUCGCGAUCCUGGCAGACGAUCAGCCACGCCUACAAGAUCAUCGGCUUCAUCUGGCUGGGCGGCAUUCUGUGCAUGACCCCCAUAGCGAUCUUCAGUCAAUUGAUACCCACCAGCCGACCCGGCUACUGCAAGUGCCGCGAAUUUUGGCCCGACCAAGGCUACGAGCUCUUCUACAACAUCCUGCUGGACUUCCUGCUGCUCGUCCUGCCGCUGCUGGUGCUCUGCGUGGCCUACAUCCUCAUCACGCGGACCCUCUACGUGGGCAUGGCCAAGGACAGUGGCCGGAUCCUGCAGCAAUCAGUACCCGCAUCCGCAGGAACGGCCGGCGGAGGCGGACCCACUCCGGGCACAAGCGGCAGCAGCAACUGCAUUCUGGUCCUCACCGCCACGGCAGUCUAUAACGAAAACAGUAACAACAACAAUAGUAAUGCAGAGGGAUCUGCUGGCGGAGCAGCUACUACAGCCACGACAACUCUGACAACCAGAACGACUGCUCCGACUGUGAUCACCACCACCACCACGACGACGGUGACGCUGGCCAAGACCUCCUCGCCAAGCAUCCGCAUCCAUGAUGCGGCCCUUCGCAGAUCCAACGAGGCCAAGACCCUGGAGAGCAAAAAGCGAGUGGUCAAGAUGCUGUUCGUCCUGGUGCUGGAGUUUUUCAUCUGCUGGACGCCACUGUAUGUGAUCAACACGAUGGUCAUGCUCAUUGGGCCGGUGGUGUACGAGUACGUGGACUACACGGCCAUCAGUUUCCUGCAGCUGCUGGCCUACUCCUCCAGCUGCUGCAACCCGAUCACCUACUGCUUCAUGAACGCCAGCUUCCGGCGCGCCUUCGUGGACACCUUCAAGGGGCUGCCCUGGCGCCGUGGAGGCGGUGCUGGUGGCGGUGCCGCCUUCGGACUGUCCGCCAGCCAGGCGGGCCCGGGUCCAGGUGCCUAUGCGAAUGCCAACACCAACAUCAGUCUCAAUCCCGGCCUGGCCAUGGGCAUAGGCACCUGGCGGAGUCGCUCGCGCCACGAGCUCCUCAAUUCGGUGGUGACCACCAACUGUGCCGCCGCCGCCGCCGCCGACAGUCCUCAGCUGUAAGCUAUUCGGGACUCGCCCGGACUCGCCCAGGACUCUUCAAGGACUCGCCCAGAGGAUCGGUGUAAAUAUGUACCAUAAAGUCACUUCGUGUGUGUGUUUUUUUUUAAGGGAAGUAUGUAUUUUUUUUACCUACUUGUGAUUUUGAUCGUACUCGUAAACUAACUCAGACGCUAGUCUAUCGGUGUUUCAAUUGAACUUCCUAAGGUUGCCGCUAAUA